UAAACAAGUAUCUAUUUUGCUCUUUAAACUGUUGAAGCGUACAAUGAGGUUAUAGCGACGUUAAUAAUGCAAAUUGCCUUUGACGUUUUAAAUAAGUAAUCUCGGAAAACUUCAAGUUUUAUUAUGUCGACGUGUUAAAGUUUCCGGUCGAAUUAGCUCAUAUUUAAUUUGAAUUCUGCACAAAAUAACGUACAUCGGGUGUAGUCUUGCUUCAUAGAUCUUCUUUACAAAAGCAAACAGACUGGGGUUGUCAAGGUCUGCGCCUGUCGUCAAACGAAAUUAAACCUUGUUCGUUAUAUGUUAACCAGGCAGCUUGUGAAAUACAUACAUGUACAUUUAGGCAGGAAUGGACAGUCUGCAGGAACAAUUCUCCGAAUUUGGAACAAAAUUACGACAGACAGAUUUUGUUCUGGAGGAGGGAUACACCUUCAUUAAUCAUGGGUAUAAAGGCGCUGUCCCGAAAACAGUAAUUGCAGCAGAACAAAGAUUCCAAGAUGAGGUGAAGAGACAACCUGCUAAUUCUUUCAGGAGAAAAAAUUUAUCAGCAUGGAUAAACGGUAGGGACUCCGUUGCGGAAUUUCUAAACGCAGAUCCAAAUGACGUUGUCCUGGUUCCAAAUGUAACUUCAGGUAUCAGCUCUAUCUUGAUGUCAAUUCCUUUUGAUACGGGAGACACAAUUCUGGUCACCAACCUGUCAUUUACGUCUACGAAUAACGCAUGCGCACAGCUCUUGCAUCAUCAUAGAGGUGUGAAGACCAAGGUGCUCAACAUUGUCGUUCCCAUCGACAAUUCAGCUCAAGUCGUCAACUUGUUUGAACAGGCGCUGAACAAUGAUUCGAACAUCCGAAUCGCCGUCGUUGAUUAUAUCUCAUGCUCGUGCAGUAUGCUGCUUCCGAUAACAGAAAUUGUACAGCUUUGUCAGAAGCACAACGUUAUAAGCGUCAUUGAUGUGGCGCAUGCUCCUGGACAACUUCCGCUUUGUCUUCACAAAAUGGAAGCUGACUUUUUCACAGGCAGGAAUGGACAGUCUGCAGGAACAAUUCUCCGAAUUUGGAACAAAAUUACGACAGACAGAUUUUGUUCUGGAGGAGGGAUACACCUUCAUUAAUCAUGGGUAUAAAGGCGCUGUCCCGAAAACAGUAAUUGCAGCAGAACAAAGAUUCCAAGAUGAGGUGAAGAGACAACCUGCUAAUUCUUUCAUGAGAAAAAAACUAUCAGCAUGGAUAAACGGUAGGGACUCGGUUGCGGAGUUUCUAAACGCAGAUCCAAAUGACGUUGUCCUUGUUCCAAAUGUAACUUCAGGUAUCAGCUCGAUCUUGAUGUCGAUUCCUUUUGAUACGGGAGACACAAUUCUGGUCACCAACCUGUCAUUUACGUCUACGAAUAACGCAUGCGCACAGCUCUUGCAUCAUCAUAGAGGUGUGAAGACCAAGGUGCUCAACAUUGUCGUUCCCAUCGACAAUUCAGCUCAAGUCGUCAACUUGUUUGAACAGGCGCUGAACAAUGAUUCAAACAUCCGAAUCGCCGUCGUUGAUUAUAUCUCAUGCUCGUGCAGUAUGCUGCUUCCGAUGACAGAAAUUGUACAGCUUUGUCAGAAGCACAACGUUAUAAGUGUCAUUGAUGGGGCGCAUGCUCCUGGACAACUUCCGCUUUGUCUUCACAAAAUGGAAGCUGACUUUUUCACAGGAAAUUGUCACAAAUGGAUGUUUGCGCCAUGGGGAUGUGCCUUUGUGUGGAAGAAUAAGAAGGUUACUUUCCCGCUGAGAUCCCUCACUAGUUCAUCUCCAAAUGACGACCUUGUGUCACAGUUCUGUAUUCAAGGCACUAGGGACGACAGUUGUUACAACUCCCUACCCACCGCUGUAGAAUACAUCAGAUCUAAAGGAGGACUAGAGAGAAUAUCAGAAUACAACACAAGACUUUUACAUAUGGCGUCAGACCAUCUGAUAUCGUUGUGGAAGACGAGUAAGCUACUGAUCCCAUCCUCCAUGGAGCCGCCGUUCCUGAGGUUGAUACGUCUCCCAGAAAUCCCUGGCUUCGGGACCUCCAAGGAAGAUGCUAACUCACUGAUGGACCUCAUGUACGAAAACUACCAUAUUGACGUCUCUAUGAAGUCCGUGAACAACCAGCUGUACGUCCGUUUGUCUGUCCAGAUCUACAACUGUCUUGAGGAUUACAUGACAUUGGGGGAAGUGGUGAUGUCGAUGGCUGGGAGGGAAACAACAGAUAUCUGAAUAUUGACAAUAUCGACAAGUAUAAUUAAGUUGAUAAUUGAAUAAUUUUAAUACUCAGAUAAACAUACAGGGAAGCAACAUACCUACUCUACUACAAUAGUGUAAGAAUAAAAGUAACAUGUAACGCCGUUUCAACUGGCUAGAAAUCAUUUGCUUUUACUCAGUAAUUGGGAAUAUUUUAUACUCAUAUCCGUAUAUUUAGGAGACUUUAAAGCUCCUUUUGAUUGAUCGGACUUGUAAGUGGCAAUAUACAUUUACUCUGUCCAUUGAUAUACCAAUUUGUAUGUUCAUUCGACAAAAUGACAAACGACAACGAAAACAUCAUCUUUCAUGUACAAAAUCUGUUUUCCAAUCAAUCAUGUCGGAAUAAAAUAUCAUAUCGA